AUGGCCCAUCGUCCUCAGCAAAGCCCCAGUGCCCUCUAUUUUCCCGCUUCCUGCAUCGGCGAUGGCACCACCACCCCGUUGGAGUUAGUCUACGCACUGGACGAAUAUGGCGUCCACCAAGCCAUCGAUGAAACUUGUAUGCCACGAGGACUGGCUCUUCCAACCACACCUCCGGACUCCAGUACUCAGCAGGCUGGGCACGACGGGCAUAGUCUGGAUCCCCAUAUGGUCGACGUGCUGCAGCACGAUUGCAUAACAAAAACUGUCCGACGGCGCAUGCAGAACCGAGAGGCCCAGCGCCGCUUUCGCGAGCGCAAGGACCAGCAGAAGAAAACCCUCCAGCAAAAGGCCGAGGAUCUUCAAUUCAAAUGCCAGACUUUGCUGGAUCAGUAUACCAAGCGGACGGACGAGGUCUGCUGCUUGCUCAAAGAGAAUGACGCCCUACGAUCCGAGGUUAAGACUCUCCGCCAGCAAUGGGAGAUUAUCUCCACUAUUUUGCACCGGCCAAAAGGUUCCCGCUCCCCGCCUGUUGUUGUGGAUGAGACUUCGCCGGCCCCGUCGCUUUGUUCCUCGUCUGAAAGGUCAAUGAAAUUCGAUGACUUCUGGCGGCGUCUGGAUGAUUUCACUGAUGAUAAGCAUUCCUCCAACCUUAGUUAG